AUCUUGCUCAUAAAAGGCACUGCUCCAGGCUAAGGGAAAUGGGUUCCUGAGGAUUGUUUGUCUUUGACUGUGGCCUAUAGCAAAGUGAAGAUUAGGCUACAACAGCUCUUUGGAAGAAUGUCUGGACGGGGGAAGAAACUUGCAGUGGCUGGCAAGCCUGAAGUUGCACCAAAGAAAGCAAAGUCAGUCCUGGCUGGUCUGCAGUUUCCUGUGGGUCGAGUCUACAGGCUCCUUAAGAGAAGCCACUAUGCUGAAAGGAUCAGCCCUGGUUCUGCAGUCUACAUGGCUGCUGUGCUGGAAUACCUGACUGCAGAGAUCCUGGAGCUGGCAGGGAAUGCUGCACGGGACAACAAGAAGGCCAGGAUCCUGCCUCGACACAUUCAGCUGGCUGUGAGGAAUGAUGAUGAGCUGAGCAAGCUCUUCUCCUGUGUGACCAUCGCUCAAGGAGGGGUUAUGCCCAAUAUCCUUCCCCAGCUCCUUCCCAAGAGAACGCCCAAAAGUACUAAUGUGUCUCAGGAACAGCCCGGUAGCCAGUGAAACUUGCUUUUUCUGGUCUGAUCUAUGCACUUAUAAUGGGACUCAGCUCUAAUUUGUUUAAUUCUUUGUAGUUUUUUCCACUGUUUUUAUAAUGUACUUUUAAAGAUUGUAAUAAAAGUUCCUGGAAAGCAAC